CAUUUUUUGAGUCAUUGGCAGUAAAAUUUAAACCGAUAUGAUAAUACAAAAUUUAUUCAUAUGGGAAUUGAACUCAGUUGAACCUUGACAUUAAUUGAGAUUACAAUUAAUGGUGCAUUGAAAAUCAGUUCACCAAUAUUAACACAAACUGAAAAUAACCACAAUGUAACAUGAAAUACAGUUUUUAGAAGUAAAUAAAUAGCAAUUGAUGAAUGCAUUAUUGAAUUCAGAAUAAAAAUAAACGUUUACACUUCAUUUUUAUUCAAAAUUAAUAAUUUCACCAGAAUAGAAUAUAUGACUUCUAAAUUUUGCAUUAAAUAAUUCCUCACCUCAGUCUCAGAUUUAAGGUUAUAUAAAUAUAACCUAUAAAACGGAGUGGUUGUCAAUUUAACUUGCAUCAUAAGUUUGGCUCAUCUAUGAAGUCAAUGAAAAAAUAAACAAUCAUGGCUAGUAGUAGACUAGAAAAAAUUGGAACUAUAUUUAGCAGAGUUGACGGUUUAAUCAAAGCUAAUGGCAUGAAAUGGAAAGAACGCCCGCUAUGGUACGAUAUUUAUAAAGCCUUUCCACCUGCACUUGAACCUAAAUAUGCACGUCCAGUUCCAAAUCUUCCAAUCCGUAAUAUAUUCUAUGAAGAAGAUGUAAUCAGAGCGAAAUUCCAUAAAGGCAAUAAACAAUUACCUGGCUACAAUUUAUCAGAUAGUUCACAUAAAACAACUACACAAAAGUUUAUAGUGAUAUUCAAUCAAUUAAAGAGCGACAAUAAAACUCUUGAUGAUGACCAACUAUUUAACACGGCUUUAGAUUUGUUAGAGUCCGAGGUGGUUUCCAGAAAAGAAGCCACAACCAGGCCAUUAGAGACUGUUGCAAAAUCAGAAUCAAAGUCUGAAGAUAUGAAUGUUAAUAUAAAAGAUUUAUUUAAAUAAAAUGAUGUAUAGAUAUUAAAAAUAAA